AUUUGAGCUUUCGUCCACGGGGCCACUGCGUAUCCUGGUUUCUCUUCAGAUCGCCGGCGCGGCGCCCGCCCGUAGUACGGGUUACAACUGUUCGGCUGACGAUUUUUGUGGGAAGAAAUUUAGCCACACGACUCCCCGGGACGUUCAUCUUGACAACAACGCGACGUCGCCGAUUAAAAACAAAAAUCAGUUGCUUUCUCCAACGCUGUCGCGUGCAUCACAGGUGUCGCCUUGGAUACCAAGGGCAAGUGGGCAUGCAUCAAUGCGACGACCGAACCAAACCGGGCACCCCAAUGUGUACGAUGGGGCUUUAUUCAGCCAGAUUUUUCGGGAGCUAGAUGAGCACUCCGACCUCGCGAAUGAAGUCGCGCAAGCUGCGGCCGAGAAACGAAAACGGCAGAGUGCUCAGUUGGGCGUGCACCUAGAUACCAGAGAGCUCAGUGACACGACCAGAGAAACCAGCAGGUUUCAUCCCCCGGUGUCUCGCCGUCAGGAUGAAAAACCACUGCCAGCACUGUCCCCGUUGACCUCAACCCUGGGUGGCCUCAAUCAUGGGUGGAGCCAUCAGAUGAAGAGUCCAGUUGCAGCAGUGGAUAGGCUCAAACUGGCGGAUCUUCUCGGGGCCAUAGCUGCAUCGCACGUGCGCCGAAAGGUCUUUCAGAUGACGCUAGCGCACCUGACAGCGGUGCGGUUUGUCGGCAAGCUGGCACUGGACCUCUUUCGCCUGUUUGAAGGCAACAUCGCGCGAGCGGCCGCGAGCCGACGCGGAUUGGCGUUUCUAGGCCAUCUUCGAGGCGAAAUGUUGCUUCGGUCGGGCAGCGAUGAUGGGCGCGGAAUCUUAGGGGUUUUGGAAUCCGGGAUGAAAAAGGUAUAGGAUGCCAUACAUAUCGCGUUUUUUUUUUAUUUUUUAGAAGUGAAUCUUGUUGAGCGAUUGCAUUGUUUUUGAUCCUUGCAGUGAGCUGCGAUCUUCGCUCGAUGUGGAUUGCUCUCUGUGGUCACCAGAGAAUUUACUUUCUUGUGAAAGCGUUCAACUCUCGCGACACGUUGGGAAAUUGAGUUGUACUACCAUGAAAAAUAACGUUCAGCGGCUGGAGGAGUUGUUGCCUGGCUCGCACAUGGCCCGGAUUUUGCUCGUAAUGGGCGACUAUCUUGUGGUCGCACCGUUUACUGCCAUGGUGUUUGUUGACGGGGAUAGUCAAAAAUAUGCCGAGCUCCGGUCCCCAAGCCACCUUCUGAAUGCCAAUGGGACCACGUCAGCUGCCCCUGCUACUACACCAUCGCGAACGACGAACACUGCUACCACGACAUCAAGAGUGACGAGACAUAAAAUGGCCUUUGGAGGAGUUGGCAUGUCGAGAAAGCAGCACGUCUUUCUCCCCCGUUCGCGGGGUUUCUCUGGCUACACAUCGAGGGCGGGCGGUGGAGGGCAGCAACGCGUUGGUAGUUUUUCGGCGGCUAGUUUUCACACUUCCAAGCUGGUGAGCAGCAGCGCAAGCCACGUGCGCGCUGAAGGAAGAUACUCCACGUGCUUCUAUCUCUGCGCCGACACGCGGCAGUACUACCACGAGCGGGGGGCCUUCCUUGAUCCCGAAGUCGACGGUGCGGAGUUGUGCUUUAGCAAACACACGGCGCACACGCUGGACGACGUGCAUUUUUUGUCGGCGCCGGUGUUCCUCUCGCCGCAGGUAGCGGGGAAGAUGCUGGAGGAAGGGAGCCACUUUCACAGCGAGGCCGUCCCCCCAGAUGUGGCGCUGCUUCAGCAGAAAAACCAGCUUCUGCGCCUUCCACUUCCCCCGUAUAGCUUGCUCAGACGCUACAAUCUCAAACGUUACAAUAGAAUCUGGAAUUUGUCUUGCAUGCUGAGCAUGACAGAAUCGCAGAGCGUUCCACUUUCUGCAAUACAAACUUCGCCUGAUUGUAGUGGGGUUUGGGACUCCGGAACUUGUCAUGCGCGAUCCUAUGAGAGUUGGCUAGAUCAUGCACUCUUGCAUCACAGAUUUCCAUAUUAUAUUGUAACGUUUGAGAUUGUAACACCUUAGCGGGUUAUACCCCAACCGCGGCCAUUUUGCACGCCCAGAAACUACAACCUACAGCCGCGGUCGUUGGGGACACUACUUCAGCGGAUCGUGACGAGAAUCAAGGUGGCGAGGGAGGAGCCGCAGGAAACUCGGUAGCAACGACUACUGCACCUCCCCUAACGAGUUGCGCAAGCGGGAUGAGCAACAUACAACACGACGCCUUCGCUGUUGUGCAAAUACUUUCCUAUCGCAGGCCGUUUUCACCCACCGAUGUGGACAACUUUCAGCACGCAGUGGAUGUCUUCAGCCUCUCGCUCGAAUCGGCUCUGCUCUCCCACUAUUUAGAUCGGGCCGAAUUUGCUACCCUGGGUGAGUAGAGAAGGGCUGUGAUCAAAGGUGGAGAAAAAUGCAGCUGUUGCUGCACCUUCUGCUGCGCAGGAUUAGAAGCGCGACCCGACCGCAGUGGAGGGGGGCAGAUCGGACGAGAAGUGAAUAGAAUAUGAAUGUAUGAUAAGUGUAGGAUUGCUCGCUCUCUUCAGUUUCUAAUGAAUCAGCGGCAUCUUAUUUACUUGUAAACAAGAUGGACGGAGCCCCCGAUUAGUGAUCAAUGUUGACGUAGUUCGAUGCUUCUGGAAGUAGAGAUAAACGGUGAAAGGCAACAUUGACUUCCUGCAAAAGGAAGGACUACAAAAAGAAAAUGACAGGAGUAUUAGAUUGAGGAGAAAAGUAGCAAUGCGGAAGUCCUUCAGGAC